CUGGGGAUAAACCCACAGAUUAUCCACAGUGCCUGCACUAUCUGAGCAUUAUUAACAUUUGAACUAAACUCUACAGCACAGUGGCUUUUCACAUCCAGGACUGAGAAUCCCUGCAUUAUUAAGAAAUAUUAAAGGCUCCUAAGGAAUAAAAAAAAUCACAGUCGGUUAUAAAUACCACAAUCUCAUGGCAAUUCGUAAAUAUUUUAUGAGGUGGCUAAUUUUAUUAAUUUGUAUGACCACAUUCAUAUGUUUUCGAAAAAUUUGCUUUAAUUGCUUUUUGGUUUAGGGGUGGGGUUUCAAUGUUGUAGUUUUUCAAAUAAUUUUUUCAUAUUCAUAUGACUUCUAAAAAGCGUAUAAAUUCCUGUGAGAUCAGGCUGAUGUUAUUAAUAUCCUGACUCUUUUCAGCUUUAUAAUUGCAUUGGAUUGUAUAAAGAUACAAAAAGCACACGCAUGCUUAAAAAAUCUAAAUGUUUUCUGAGGCAACGCAAUGGUUCUAGGCCCUAUCCUAUUCUCGUUAUAUAUGUUACCUCUAGGAGACAUUAUCAGGAAACAUAACAUAAGUUUUCACUGCUAUGCGGAUGAUACCCAGCUUUACAUCUCGUCACAUCCUAGCAAAACCCACCAGUUUGCUAAGCUAACAGACUGCAUUAGUGAUAUUAGGGACUGGAUGGCACAUAACUUUCUUAUGCUAAACUCCAAUAAGACAGAGAUACUUAUUAUUGAACCAAAUCGCUCCAAACAUAAUAUGUCAGAUUACAAGUUGCCCAUAGAUGGCUGCACGGUGGUGCCAUCUUCCACGGUUAAGAAUUUAGGCGUAAUGUUUGACAGCAAUCUAUCUUUCGAUAGUCAUAUCUCCAACGUCUGCCGCACAGCAUUUUUCCAUCUUAGAAAUAUCUCAAAAAUACGCCAUAUGCUGUCUGCAUCAGAUGCAGAAAAGCUUAUCCAUGCUUUUAUGACCUCUAGAUUAGACUAUUGUAACUCGUUACUCGGGGGAUGCCAUGCAAAUCAGGUAAACAAGCUACAGCUGGUUCAAAACGCUGCCGCAAGAGUGCUUACUCGAUCUAAAAAGUAUGACCACAUUAGUCCAAUUCUGGCAUCUUUACACUGGCUACCAGUUAAAUAUCGCAUACAAUUUAAAAUAUUACUAAUCACCUACAAAGCCUUAAAUGGCCUAGCGCCCUCGUAUAUAAAAGAACUACUAUCAGAAUACAAUCCACCACGUAAACUGCGAUCACAAAAUUCGGGCUACUUAAUUAUCCCUAGAAUAUCAAAAGUGUCUAAAGGUGGUAGAUCAUUUUCCUACUUAGCCCCUAAGCUCUGGAAUGAUUUACCAAAUAAUGUUCGAGUAUCAGACACAGUCGAUCAAUUUAAAUCUAAACUUAAGACAUUCUUCUUUAACAAAGCAUUCACAUAGAAUGUCCAGUAAAUGUACUUUUCCCGCAGUAGUUAUUUUGUCUAGAACAAAGCACUCACAUACCUCAUACGGGUAAUUUACUCUUGCCGCAAUAGUUAGCCUGUCUGGAACCGAGCUGAAUUAAACCACUAUAAUGUAUGACACUUGCAUUACAUGCGAACGGCCCCUACGCUAAUAGAAUUCUGUUUUUGUCUCCCUGUCUCGUCCUCGACUCUGAGGACAAUGAGACAAACAGACCCAGUUCCUGUUGCUGUGAAGGUCAUCGCACCACUAAUCAACUGGCUGUCCUUCAACGUGACGCCCAACCGAUGCGCGACCAACGGCCACCGGCUGAACCAGUUUAAUCCGCUUACACGCUUCCUAUCCCUACCGUGUCUAUAUAUUAUAAAUAUAAAUAUUAAUCUCUCCCUAGGGUUUUUUGUCCUUCUAGGAUUUUUUCCCAUUGGGUUUUCUCCUAGGGGGUUUUUUAGUCCCAGGGAGAGUCAGCCAACUUUGGCUUAACUUAGCACUUUACUGUAUACGUUACAUUAUUAAUAUGCUCGCUUACACGGUUUUUUAUCCUUAGCCGCUAUAUUCUACUUCUUAUACUAUGUAUUGAUUUUCAAUGUUCUCCUCUACAUCUACUCAUGUAAAGCUGCUUUGCAACAAUUAACAAUUGUGAAAAGCGCUAUAUAAAUAAAAUUGAAUUGAAUUGAAUUGAAUUGAAUGGGUUUUCUUAGAAAACAUUUCAUUACAAAUGUUAUAAACUACGUGUGUUCAUAAGAGAUUUGAGGUCACGUUAAAAACCUUAAAUUAAAAAACACUACAGCAAAAUAAAAAAACAUAACAAAAUAAAAAACACAACAGCAAGCUAAAAAAACACUACAACAAAUUAAAAACCAUAACAAAAUAAAAAACACAACAGCAAAUUAAAAAAACACAACUACAAAUUAAAAAACACAACUACAUUAACCUACCGGAAGAGGCCAAUAUCCUGGCCAGACCACUGUUGUCAGUAAUAUAAGUAUUUGAAAUGAAAAUGAUUUCUUAAUGUCUAGUGACGUAUAAGGGCCAUUUUAUGAUUAAUUAAUAUAAUUUUUUUUACAAACUGUUCCUUUAAUAUUUAAGUACAUUAAACAUCUACUUUUUUACUUUUACUUAAAAUGUACACAAUUUUUAUGUGAUUUUUACGUAAUUAGGUAUUUUAUGUAAUUAGAUAUUAAAUUGAUUUUAAUAUGAAUGAAUUGUGAAUGAAUUGGGUGUGAGAAUUUUCAUUCCACAAUGGCGGCCGCGCUACUGAAGCGCCAUCUAGUGGCUGAGGCCAAAAACGAAUCAGAGUUCCCCCUCUUGUUCUUGUAUACUCUUUGCUAUACCUUUGACGACUCUGUAAUAAAAAAACCCUCCCGUUUUAUAGCAACUUCCCAUUGCCUCCUUAUGCCUGUAUCACUGGGAAACCUUCAAAUGUGAAGAAAAAACAGCGAGAGAUCAUGAGAGAGAGUAACAGUUCCUGCUGAACUGGAAUCAAUACUGCGCCGGUUAUUGCAACCGUAAGCUGCACAAAAUACGGGCAUAGUUGCUUUCUUCUGUUAACUCCGAUUGACUCUGGUGCUAGCGUACAGUGAGGAGACCCAUCCAAUAUGGCGCAGACGAUUGAUGCCUUCCAGCACGUCAUGAGGUGUCUACGUAUAUAAUGUCUAUGCCCACUGGUACCUACCUCUUCCGGUAGGUUAAUGUAGUUGUUUUUUAUUUGCUGUUGUGUUUUUUAAUUUGUAGUUGUGUUUUUUCAUUUGUUGUAGUGUUUUUUAUUUUGUAGUUGUUUUUUAUUUUGUUGUAGUGUUUUUUAAUUUGUUGUAGUGUUUUUUUAACUUGCUGUUGUGUUUUUUAUUUUGUUAUGGUUUUUUAUUUUGUUGUAGUGUUUUUUAAUUUGUUGUAGUGUUUUUUAACUUGCUGUUGUGUUUUCUAUUUUGUUAUGGUUUUUUAUUUUGUUGUAGUGUUUUUUAAUUUGUUGUAGUGUUUUUUUAACUUGCUGUUGUGUUUUUUAUUUUGUUAUGGUUUUUUAUUUUGUUGUGGUGUUUUUUAAUUUGUUGUUGUUGUUUAGUAAUUUGUUGUUGUGGUUUGCACUUCAGGGCCACCAUACUAAGCUGACCUCAAACCAAACAUUACAAAAACCCAUGGCUUCACCUCUCAUGUGGAGGGGUGAUUCAUAGGAGGCAGGGUCACCUGGGGCUAGAGAGUUACCCAACCAACGCCCGCUGUGAAUGGACACUGAGAGUGGACCAGCCAUUUACCAUUGAUCUAAGGUUCCUGAUGCUGAGCGUGGAGUUUGAUUACAGCUGUCAGUAUGACUAUGUGGAAGUAAGGGAUGGAGACAGCUUGAACUCGCGUGUAAUUGGUCGCUACUGUGGAAAUGAGAGACCUCCUCCAAUUAAAAGCACUGGCGAUUCUCUCCACAUUCUGUUUGUUUCUGAUGGUUACAAGAAUUUUGAUGGGUUUUUUGUCAGCUUCCAGGAGAGCUCAGCAUGCAUAUCCUCUCCAUGUUUUCAUGAUGGCACCUGCAUCGCAGAGUCCUCAAACUCUUUUUAUUGCACCUGUCUGGCUGGAUAUACUGGCAAAAGAUGUGAACAUGUGCUCGAGUGCAGAACGCCUUUGAGUCCAGCCCAUGGGAUUACAAAGCAUCUCGAUGUAAGGGUUGGAGGUCAUGCUCUGUUCAGCUGUGACCCUGGAUACACAUUACAAGGCUUUCAGGUGGCCACCUGCUUGUUGGAUGGCUCAUGGAGUACACUGACUCCACAGUGUGUGUCUGACCAAAACUGUGGGAUUCCGCCAAAGCCAGAGAAUGGUGAUCAUUUCCUUGUUUAUGGACCGAAUGAUGUACUCAUCGCUGUCCAGUUUUUGUGCAAUAAACCAUACAAACUAAAUGGAACUCAUCAGAGAAUCUGCCUGAGCAACAACACUUGGAGUGGGAUGGCACCUACCUGUGUGAAAGAGCUGGACAGUAAUCCUGCAUCAGAUAAACAAAACUCAAGCAAACCCACUGGAGCAGCAGAAAAGAAGUUACAACCACAAAAACCUACCUCUGGAAAGGAUAAUGUUGGACAAGGUGUAGAUUUGGACAUUAGGAAGGAAGUUGAAAAAGAAAAAUCUAAGGACAAAGAAGCAAAUAAAGAUACUGAUAGCAGCAUUAAUACAAUUAUUAAAAAGGAAACAGAAAAACACAAGGAUAAUAUGAAACCCACUGAUAACCUAGAUAGCACAGAGAAAGUUGCAAAAAGUACAACAAAAGGUUUGGAAGUAGACUUUGUAGAUAUUGUGUUGAUUGAUAGUAAGAGGGCCAAUCAGACAGGAAAAAAUAAAACAAAAGACCAAAAAAUAACUGAUGGACCCCGAUACACAGUAUUACGUUUUACUGAAGAUGAUAAAGAAAACAUUUUUUAUAAAGUGGAUUCUAUAAGCACAGAAAAUAACACAGAAUCUGUUGAUAGCAAUGACAUAGAAAAAAGUCUGGAGACAACAGCCCAACAAGGAACAGAAGAAAUGCAGACAGCUACUGUUGGCAAUAACAGAACGGAAAUAAUAUCAACAGUGAUCAAAGAAACUGAAAAAGUGACAAAUAUCUUAAAAAAAACAGAAAUGCAAAAAGUUAAUACAGUCAUUGAAAUUAUUACAAAAGAAGUCCCACCACAGGAAAGGAAAAAUGAAUCUCAACCAAAUGCAAAGACUGAAGGUGAAUUUGGGAAGACUGCUGGAACAGAGAACCUCGUAAUCACUGAGGGUAAAGGAGGACAUUGUCCUCCUUUGGCACCGUUGUAUAAUGGUUACUAUGAGUUGGUUACAGACCAACUUCCUGAAACAGUCAAGUUUUUCUGCAACCACACUUAUGCUCUGAGCGGCAGUGCACGGAGGAUGUGUCAGCCUAAUGGUACCUGGACUGGAACCCAGCCCAUCUGUCUUAAAGCCUGUCGAGAACCCAAGGUAUCUGUACUGGUCAAACAGAGAGUUCUGCCUCCACAGUUCCAAGCAAGGAAAACAGCUGUACACAAGUUUUACUCCUCAAUUGGGAUGACCAAUUUACUGAAUGAUAUACGGCCAACACGCAUCCCUCUCAGCCUACCCGCACUUCCACAUGGGUUUCACCAUCUCUACACACACAUUGAGUAUGAAUGCAUGUCACAAUACUACAAGCACUCUGGAAGUGCACGCAGAACCUGUCUGAAGACUGGCAAGUGGAGUGGCCGUCACGUUUCCUGUUCACCAGUGUGUGGAAAGCUGACAAACUUUGACCAUCAGCACCCAGCAGAGACUAACUGGCCCUGGCUGGCUGCCAUCUAUCGUUUGCCUGCUUCAAGUAAACCAGGGAAACACUCAAGUGUGGCAGAGAUAAAGGGAAAAGACGCUAAGCUUAUGGAGGAAGAGAUUGAUUUGGGCGAUUGGCAGCUUAUCUGCAGCGGAGCCCUGGUGAACCAGCGCAGCGUGGUAGUAGCUGCACACUGCAUCACAGAGUUGGGGAAAAUAUAUCCACUUGACACAUCUGAAAUCAGAGUAUUGCUCGGCAAACAGUAUCGUAGUGAUCUGAGAAUGACCAAAGGAUUACAGCAGUUACGGGUAUCCUUUAUUACUCUACAUCCAAACUAUGAUCCCUUGGUGCUGGAUUCAGAUGUCGCCAUAUUAAAGCUCUUGGACAAGGCUCGUAUCGGAGACUACGUGCUACCAAUCUGUCUACCAAAUGCUCAUGAGAUCACAGAAGACUCCAGACUAGGCAUAGUAACGGGCUGGUCCCUCUUAUCUGACAAAAGAGCUGGAGAUAUGGAGAAAGCCCGUGUUGGCCAUGUGAAGCUGGGGGAUAUUGUUCAAUGUGAGCAGCAAUAUGCCAGUUAUGGUGUUCCAAUAAGUGUUUCUGAAAACAUGCUGUGCGGGCGGCAAGGCACUGGUUUUGAUCAGUCAAACAUUUGCCCGGCAGACACUGGAGGGAUUCUUAUCCUUCCACCCGUUUCCUCAGAUUCAAUUGUCACAUGUUACCAAGGAAUGGCUUCACAAGAGUGGAAACUUCUGGGGUUGGUUAGUUUUGGAUAUGAUUCUUUAAACUGCAACCCAGAGCUUUAUACUGUGUACACUGGUAUUACAAAUUUUAUUGAAUUUAUAGAGGAAAAUAUGAAAUAGAGUGAUACACACAAAUCUACACAAAAAUAUCAAUCUUUUUCUGCUUCUUAUAAAAUUGGGUCAUAAGGUUAAUGCAUGGGAUAAUAUACACUGGACUAUCACUAUGGGCGUGGACUCACUUUAAAACUUGUAAUUAACCAUUAUAAAGGAGAUAUAAAAAAAAUGUAGUACUAAAGCAACAUACAUUUCUUAUUAUAUCCUAAAAUAUAUCAGUGCCAUGGUUUUAUCUCAAGAUGGGCACCAAGAAUGGUUUUUUUUAAGUGACUUUGAUCAAAGCUAUUUAAAAGUCCUAAUUUAAAGGACAACUUUGGUCCGAUUCUUGAUUUUACAUUUCCCUUGGAGUGUAUGUUUGUAUUAGAACAUGUUAACGAUAUGCAAAAGGUACAAACACCAAGGUAAACAAUACUGCGAGAUAUCGUUUCCAACAUAACUCUCUUUUCUUGGACUACAACAAACACACGGAUUGUAGGCAAGUUUACUUCCUGGGCCUGUUGACGUGGACAUGACGGUCAUUAUCAUAAUUCCUCCUGCUUUGACUCACAGCCUGUAAAUUAACUCCUGUCAGCAUUGCAUUGUGAGCAAAUCUUUCAAACGUGGUAUGGAGCGACACGUUUCCGGCUGACAUCAGAGGUAUUCAGGCCAGUCACAACAUACAGAUUAGCUGGCCGAUCAGGGACACAGCGCUUUUCAGAUCGAGGAGCUUUUUACAAAAGCAGAGCAUUGGAGGAAAGCAUGAUAUCUGGAGCUACAAAAAUGUACUGUAUGUGAAAAAGAAUUAGCUUUUUUUUACCAUAAACCACGCAAACACACUGCAUUAUACCAAUACACAAAAUAACGUUGUUUUUAACAAUGAAAUAGGUGCACUUUAACUAUGGCCUGGCUUAAUCUAAGCAUUGUCUAUGAACCAUGUACUGACCUCGAGGUGCUCAGGUAAGUUAAGAAUGAUAUUGACUUUUAGCCUUUAAAGUGUACAUAUAUUGUAAUAUUGUGUUCACCAUUGUCAAACAUGACUUAACGAUGUAUUAUUACAUAAAUUGUCAUUAUGAUAACCUAGCUAAUAAUCAUAUAGUUUAACUGAGUUGGGAUUGUUAACAAGAGCUGAGAUUGGAUAUUACCAUGCAUGAUAAUUUUUUCAAUUCAAUUCAAUUUUAUUUAUAUAGCGCUUUUCACAAUUGGUGAUUGUUUCAAAGCAGCUUAACAUUAAUAGAAGCAGUGGAAAGCACAGAAAAACGACAGAUAGCACAACAUACGACACGAUAGCACAAGCAGCUAAAUUUGCUGCGGCUAUGAAUCAACAUUAAGCGUGCGUAUUGCUAAUGUAACGUAAAGAAGAGGGUGCUAAGUUAAGCCCAAGAAGGCUGCCUCCCCGGGUUGAAAAACCCCCUAGGAGAGAAAAACCCCAGGCUUAGCCGGGAAAGUAAGUGGAAAGUAAGUGGAAUAUACACACACAUACACACACAUGUACAUAUAGGUAUUGAAGAUACAACGUCACCCCAGUGACAGACUCUGCACAGUUUGGUUUGGGGAGAACGAGAAAAAUGCACGGGACGGCAAAUGUUUUUGGAGAUGGAUGCAGUGACACCCUUUUAAGGACUGAAGUCCCGCCCCCAACUAGUGGGCUUAACACCACAAAUCUAUACCCACCGAGCUUCAUUGAAAUCCGGACGAGCAAGAGAGUAAAGGGGAGACGGGGACGAGAAACUACUCGACUCAGAAACCUCAGGAGGGCCGAGCAAGUGAUAACAUAAAAACUGAUAAAUUACAGUUUUUCUGGAAUGCUAAAACACAUUUCUUGAAACCAGGACUCAUUUUGUUAUAACUUUAAAUACAAAUCAAGAUUUUCAAACUAAAUUCACAAAACCCCUGACUCUUCCAGCAAAAUCGUACAAUCCUUUCAAAACCAUUUCAACUAUAGGGGUGAGCGGGGCACAAACUAACGUGGGUUUAAUUGUAAUGCAGCUACUUUAAAUAUUUAUACUAGACCAAGCAAUCUGUGCUUUUGGUGUUUUUCUCUUACCGUCAGAUGAUCUCCUGUGAAUUUGUGAAAAGUUUUGAUGUGUUUUGGUUAAGAUAUUGAACAAAGAGUGUUUUGGAGGCAUAAAAGUAAAUUCCUUCAUCUUAUGUAGUUUUGGAUUUCUGAGUUGGGUGUGUAAGUCACCAAAUCCAAGCUUAUAUUUUUUUAAUCACUGUCUUGUAACCUAAAACAUAACAACAUUUGAAACAUGUCAACAACUCCUAGUAACUAAAAGCUGGGAUUGAAAAAUGUUUACACAGCAGGGUUAGUUGUAACACAGUGUUACAAAUUAGCCUCCAGUGUACAAUGAUAAUAAAAUGAAAACAGUGUAAAUACUAUUCAUCAAAAUGAUAACUGUUAGUACAAUAUUAGGGGAAAUGACUAAUUAUCAUAAAAAAUUAUAAUUUUGUCUUAAUUGUGCAGCCCUUUAAAAAAAAUCUAUUUAUAUAAAUUAAUGCAUAAUACAAAGAUGGCUAGAUGAAGGAUAAUGGAUGGAUGAAUUUGUGGAUAUCUAUCUAUUAUAGGCAUAUAUAUAAACAAUAUCCACAUUUAGUAUAUAGACAGAAUUGUAUUGAAUUAUUUGUGUUUAAACUAUAUAUUCUAGCAGGUAUUACAACAAACCCUCUGUUACAAUUAACCCCUCCUAUGGGGUAAGUUGUAAUGUUUGCACUCCUGUCACUUCCGGUGUAAUUCUACGAUAACAGUACAGUAGGUCCCACAAACAAACUUUAAGUGUUCAUUUGUAGCAUAGAUGUGUGUGUGUUGAUUGUGUAAAAAAUUAUUAAUAACUUAACUUAAAUAUUUUUUGAAUGAUAGAGCCAAAGUAAAAAAAGUGGUAGGUUGUGCCCCGCUCUGCCAAAAACAAAUAAGUCUAUAAUAUAAAACACUUCAGAGCACUCAUUAGACACUACCUUAAAAAAUGGAAAACAACAUAUGAGGCUCUGCCUCAUACUCUUCAUCUGCUUCUCAGACUGUUUCUAAUCCACGAUAAAAAAACCAUUAAAAAAAGUGUGAACAAUCUUUAAUUGUUGUGUUUACUUAAUGAUAACUUUGUUGUAGUUGUGUUCAACUUUUGCUUGCCGGUGUAUAGCGUUUUGCAAAACAAGUGUGAAAUGUGUUUUAGUGAGAAAUUUGCAAACAGUGUCUAUGUUUAAGGUUUUUCCCAAAAGCGUGAAUAAUUGUAAAAUGGGCUUAGGUCCCUGGGAAUUUGUUCAGAGAACGGGGUUUAGUGUUUUAGCCAUUCAGAAAAACUGUAAAACACCACUUAAAGGAAUUACUGAGCUAAAUUUAAAAGACAAAUUAUUUCAUGAUGUUUAAAGGUUUAUUAUGUAAAGUAAACUUUUUAAGUUUAAGAAAAUCGUGAAAAUAACUAAUCAUGAUUUACUACACAUAUUUUGUAGAAUUUACCUGAUGCAGCAGAAUUAAUGUAACAAUCACCGUAAACAUUUUGUCCAAAGAAUGUGUCAGACUAACUGGUUUAGCAUGAACUUUAAUGUCACAUCUGCUGCUGACCAUUCCAAACUGCCCAUUCCUCUGUCCCAGCAAAAGAGAGUGCCCUCGCCUGAAAUCUGACUUUCUAUGUCCUCCAUCACACCUGCUUUUAUUACUCAAAAAAUACAUAUGUGCUUUACUUAGGGGCAGUAUAGCGUAGUGGUUAGUGAAUCGGAUUUGUAAUUUGAGAAUUGCUGGUUCAAGUCUCUUGGCAGGCAGGUUGCUCCCAGGGCAUUGAAGGAAUAGCUGCCUGCUGUUUGUGUGUGGUGUACACAAUAAAUUGUACAUAAAUAUUCUUCGAAAAAUAUUUUUUUUUGUCUAUACAUAUAAUUCCCUGUCAUUUUUUUAACAACUGAUUCCAAGUGAAUAAAAUGAAUACAAUUUUAGACUACAAUAUAUAUAUAUUUUACCAUUUGUGUGUGAGGAUGUGUGGUUAGUGUGUGUGCAGUGCGUUAGUUCACUACUUACUGGAAUGGGCUAAAUACAGGCUGCGUCCGAAACCGCAUACUGUAUAGUAGGUACUGAAUUAGAUGAAGUACCUACUUACUUGGCGUUAAAACAGUAGGUACUGUAUAGUAUGAAUCCGGGUAGUAUGAAUGAGAUUCGGACGUACUACAUCCGCCAUGUUGCUACAUCACGUGACAUACGUCGUCAUCACGUCAUUUCAUUUCAGCGCGAAAACAGCCGCGUGCAUCUUCUUCUUCGUUGGAUAACUCCUCGUCCGGGGCAUCAUGGGAUAGUGAAGCGUCCAUCGUAUGCACACUGCAAAAUCAAACUGGAAGUAGUAGGUCAUCCGGGUACUUUUCGCAUACUGUUUUUCGAAUACUAUGUAUUCGGACAUACUACUCGCCUCGCCUACUGCUUUUCGCGUACUAUAUAGUAUGUAGUAGGCGGUUUCGGACGCAGCAACAGAGUUCACAUGUGUUCCAUACUUGACAAGCAUGUCACUUCCACUUUACCAACAAAACCUAGUCAGUAUAAAAGGAUGUUGUUCUGUCACCAAAUGCCAAGUAUUAAAUGUGCUGUUCUGUUGAUGUGGUCAAUUGUAUAUGGUAAAACGGGCGAAAAAUAAAAUGUGACAUUCUGUACUUUUGUCUCAUAUUUACAUUUAAUGUUUAGACAUUUCUUGACUCCACAACACCCUUGUCAAAAAGUCCUAAAGGAUUUCAAUAAGAAUCAUGUACAGGAAUCAAUUUAGAAUUUCUAUCAUAUUUUGGAACCGUUCACUGUAAAAAAAAUCUGUAGAAAUUACAGUAUUACUGGGUAUUAACUGCCAGUAACUUACUGUAGAUUUUACAUUUAUGUUAUUUACUGGCAGUGGCAACAGUUUGUUCAAAGUGAAAUGAACAUGAAACAUUUUCAGUCUUUAUCCUCUACAGUAAGUUACUGGCAACCAGCUGCAUAAUUACAGCAAUUUUUUACAGUGUUCCUACACUUAACAAAAUUCUUAUUAAAAUCCAUUAGAUUUUUUAUAAUUAAAUCCUAUAGGAAUGGAAUUGUCUUAUAAAUAUCCUAAAGAAUAAUUUCUAAAGGAUUUUAGGACAAUUUGAUUAUUUGAUUUUGUAUAUUGUUGAUAUAUCAAUAAAAAAAAAUAAAACAAACAAGGCUGAAAUACACGGUAUAGGGAAGGAGGGCAGAAAGUAUUUUUGAAUGGACACCGUUGGAGGAAAGUAGGUUGAAUUAAAGGCUUUUGUUAGGAAAUUUAGUAUUAGAUGCAUAUUAAAUAAUAUAAUAUAAUAUAAUAAUUAAACUUAAGCACGUCUGUUAAUCAAUCAACAUUUUUUUACACUAAACAAUAGGCCUAUCUCCUAUAGGGGUAAUGGGCUUAAGGUGAUGGGCUCAAUAACCAGGGAGAACACAUACUAAUAAAAAGUGUAUUUUGUAAAGCACUGUAUGAUGCUUUGGAUAAAGCCAUCUACCAAAUGCAUAAAUUAAAAUGUCAACAUGGCCAACUCUUAAGCUGGUGGGGGAAGCAGAAAGGGUAGUGAUGUUGUUGAAUUAAAUAAAUAAUAAUAAUAAAUAAACCCCAGCAAAACCUAACUUUGUAAUUAUGCUGGGUUUGAGUUACACACAUUAGCGCUUUUUGGCACGAGGCAGCAUUUUUUCAUGAAACAUGCGGGGUGGCACGAGCAGUUAAAAAAAUCCUCUGUGCCACCGUGAAGCUGUUUUCUAUUAUCUAUCAUUUCACUGUGUGGGGAAUUGGCAAAUUGGCUCCCCUACUUGUUAAGAAGGUGCCAUGCACAGAAGCUGUUUAAGAAAUGGAAAGCGGAGCGGGGUGCGGGGGACAGUUCACCUCUGGGUCUAUUCAAAAUAGAACGGGUAAGGACUGGGUAUUCAAUUAUUUAAAUCGGACUACUUUUCAAAUGAUAUUUCAUACACAAACAUCUCAGAUGUUAUGUCAAAACGUUAUGGGGUUUCAAAUAAAAAAAUGACUUUCUGUUAAAGAACAGGACAAUGAUUUCCACUGUAGAGGACAUUAGGAUUUAAAUCAUGUUUAUCAAGCAUUUUGAGUAGGGCUCCACCAUAGCACAUGCCCUUUUGUCCUUACACUCUGAAGUGCCCUUAUUUUUCAGGUGUUUUUUUUUUUUUUCUUAAUAAAUCAAUGCUAUUGGUCACCCUUUACAUCUGUCUGUCUGUUUUACAAAUAUAUUUAGCCAAUUAAAUGUAAUAAAAAACAUACCUUUUUCAUGUCUGUGCGUGCCGUAACUCUGUCUGACGCACCCACCGCUAGCGUAGCUUAGCACAAAGACUGUAAGUAAAUGGCUCCAACUAGCAUACUGCUCCCUAUAAGUGACAUAAACAUGAAAAUGUUGGCAUUAUUUUACAAAUAACAAGGUCAUGUGAGACACAGCAAUCUUUUAACAGUAUACAUACUGGGAACAAUAUUCACAGAUGGUAAAGCACUGCUACAUGGGCGGAGUGACUCUGAGCGAACUCUGCUCUUUACCACUGGGUUUCUCGGGUGUUGCGAGCAAAUCACUCCACUCAUGUAGCAGUGCUACGUCUAUGAUAGCCAAGCUAUCGUUAAAUGUCAUUUUCAUUCAUUCAUUCAAUAGUGAAUUUUCCGAUCAUUAUUAAUAGUGAAUAAAUAUAAAGUUUUGAGACAACUAUUAUGUGUUAUUUAUUUGGAGGGGUAGUGCCCUUUUUCAGUUUUAGCAAAUGCCCCUCAGCAAGUUAAAAUGGAAAUAAAUUUUACAUCAAUAUUCCCAUAAAAUAUGAGGAAAAGUCAGUCUUAAAAUACAGUCUUUUGAUUUUAUUUCCAAUUUCAGGGGCACUUAAUAUAUACAAAUAUUUUGGAGCAUUCUCUUCCACUGGUCAGGAUGAACACCUGGGUUUCAGCUGUCGCAUUCCUUGUGUCAAGCCACUCUUGAACAACAGCCCAGAUAGCAAUUUUGUUCCGGCCCAGCUCCGGCCCACACAACCAGUUUUUCCUCGGCCCACAUACAACGAAGAAUGACGGCCCUACAGUGGCCCAGUUCUGAAUUACAGACAAGGAAAAAGUUGGCACACCUCUGAUCUACUGGCCGUCCUUCAACGUGAUGCCCAGCUGAUGCCUGACCAACGAUCACCGGCAGAACCCGCUUAAUCUCUGCUAAAUCUCCUUAUCCGUUCUCCCAAGGGUUUUUCCCUCCUAGGACUUAUUUUUCCUCGGAUAAAAGCACGGGGGUUUUUUUUCUCCUAGGGGGUUUUUCACCCCGGGGAGGCAGCCUUUUUGGGCUUUACUUAGCUUCCUCUUCUAGACGUUGCUUUAGUAAUACGGCACUUAUAAUAUUGAGUCAUAGCCGCAGCAAAUUUAUUUUGUAUUUUGUUGUGCUAUCUGUCGUUUUUCUGUGCUUUUCACUGCUUCUAUUUAUGUAAAGCUGCUUUGAAACAAUUGACUUUUGUGAAAAGCGCUAUAUAAAUAAAAUUGAAUUGAAAAAUUGAAAAGGGCCACACAUGCUAUACACAAAUACAGAAGUUUUCAUUGAAAUUAAUAUAUUAGCAUGAAUUGCAAUUUAAAUGAAUUACCAUGGGUAAAUACAAGUUUAAACCAAACUGAACUUAAAAGUUAGUUAAGUUAUUUAGAAACUUAAUGUGUAUGUGAAACCAACUCUACAUCCAGCUUCACGCAAAGAUACAAGUUCCAGUUAAAGUAUUAGCAUGAAUCUAACUUGGGUAAUUUCAAAUAAAACGAAAAAUUAAAACAAUACAAUUAAUAAAAAUGAAAAAAAUAUCAAACACUAAUAAUAAUCUAGGUGUAUGAGAAAGUGUUCCUAUUCAGGAUUUUCCUCUACAAGAAGUACUGCUUUCCAGCCUCACUUUUCUUCUCAGCUCCUCUUCCCAUAGAUGUAAACAUUACAACAGCCCACUGUUAUAUAAAAGAAAACAGAUGCAAAUCAAUAAAUCUUAUGAAGCAAAAGCCAUAUAAUAAAGAAAUUAAAAGCAUAAUGAUAUACUUCAAAACAUUUAGAUAGAGAAUUAGAAGAUGAACCUUUUAGGAUGAACUGCUGCUUGUUUUCUUCCUUAAGUUGCUUUGGAUGA